GCUCCCUCCCACUAAAGGUUCUCUGUACACCCACGCAAGUUAGAUCUCUCCCCCUCUCUUCUCCACCCCGCAUCCCCUUCCUCACGCACGCAAACGGCUUACCUCUCCCCCGCCGUCACCGCCACUGCGCACCUGCCUAACCAGGAACCCAUGACCGCCACCAUCCGAAUCGCGGCGGGAUGAUGGCUUCCCGACGUGCCAGCGGCAGCAACACCAUCAGCAGCUGGUCGGAAGGUGGUUCACUCGCUCUUCACACACCGUCGCUCUCCAAUGGCAGCGGAGCAGCCAAUGCCUCCCUCCUCCGCGGAAAUCAAGAUUCGGAUGCAGAUGGGGGUCAUGUCUCCGACGAAGCUGAGGAUGCAGUUGCUCGGGAUGGGAUCCUCCCACGGCUACGGAGGCGCCCAGCAAGUCGCCGCCGUCCAGGCUCGACGUCGACGACCACCCCAAGAACAGCCUCCUGCCCCAGUAGCCCGACCAAGGCUCCUCCUCAGAGUACCCCAAGGACCGCUCCGACUCUUCUUCGUCCCGCUCGCGCUCCAGCGGAAGCCACGGCAGGUCCGCUGCCCACUCUACCAACGGCGGCAGCUUCUAGUUCCGCAUGGAGGAGCGGGCGGCAGUGGCCGGGCUCGGGCCAUUCUUCCGGCAGCAGGUGUCGUCCAAGCGGAAUGGCGUGCACUCCAACCCCAUCUUCUCCAGGAAGGCCGCGGCCUCCGUGCACGGCCACACCGGCGUCGGCAGAGGCUGCGUGCGCGUCGUGCCGGAGUGUGCGCCUCCGCCGCCUUCAGAUGCCAAGAAGGCUGAGUUGUCCCGGUCGCCUUCUCCGUCAUCGUCGUCGCUCUCGUCGGUGACCGGCCGGCCAGCAAGGAGCGUCGCGACACCAAGCUCCGCACGCAGGUGGGCGCUCCGUCGUCGUCGAUGUCGAUGAUGGACGUCGGCACGGAGAUGACC